AGCACCGGGUUUAAACCCGGUGCUUUGGUAAAAACCCAAUAAACACCCAUAAACUCCCAUAAUCACCCAAAAAAAUAGGUUUUUACGUAUUUUUUUGAAAAUAUGUAAGUAAUACCAAUAAAUUAUUUUUAUAAAUUGUAUUGAUCAAUUCUACAAUAUUAAAUAAAACGUUAACUAAUAAUAUUUCAGGAAAUUUUAAAAAUCUAUAUAUAAUAAAAUGAAAGUAAUUAAUUUUCAGUGUUUUCAUGUUGCAGUUGAUCAACAUGUUGGCCUUUUGCUUCCCGUAGAUACUUUAAAAUUUCUUCAUAACACCUCGUUCGCACACAUGGCCGUAUAUAUUUAAAUUCUUGAGCCACUAACAGUCCGAAAUACUCAUUUCUUUUAUCCUCUUCUCCAUAAAUUAAGCAUUUAGAACAGUUUGUUUCUUCUUUCAGUAAAUUUUCUUUUACUUUAUCCUCGUUUUUUUUCUUUGUUGCGACGACGCUGGGUAAAUCAUCUGGACACUGGGUCUCACUAUCGCCAAAUAUAUUUGGAGAUCGGCUUCGGCUACGGCUUGGCAGACAUUUUUUUCUUUCUACAAUUUUAAAUUAAAUUUAUUAGAAUAAAUGCUUCGAACACACGCGAUCUAAGUACCUUUUGUGUUUAUUAUACCUUACCUACCUAGGUAUAAAAAGAGUACUUACGUAGAUUUUCUUUUAUUAACUGUUUUAUACGAAGAUCUUGAUCUCUCAAAUUAGCAUCCAUUUUACUUCCAGUGAUUAUCAACUAAAUUAAUAAUACACAAAGUAUUAAAUAACGUUUUUAUGAAAUAUUUAGCACAAAAACAAUACCCUUUAAAUAUCGAUCGUCAGUAACUGUGGCUGACUUACCUAUAUUCUAGCAAGCAGGACUGCCAGAUGUGAAGGGGAAAUCCCCAAUAAAUUGUUGCAUGUGACUGAUGAUGUGAGCAUGUUCGUUUCAUAAUAAAAAUGUUGCCAGGUAACCAAAAAGUCGUAUGUUUUUGUGCGAAUUACGAUCAUAAUCUUUACGAUCGUACAUUAAAAAAUAGACAAAUAAUAGUAUGAGUACGAUUUAAAUCGUAUAUCUGUCAACCCUGCUAGCAAGACAGCGACAAAAUCACGUUGCAUAACAAUGUAGCCCAAGCUUAUAUCUUAUGAAAUAUACGGAAGAGAUACGGACUUAGAAAAAACAGAAAUGUUGUUCUUUGUGGAAGUCAUUGAUGAAAUUCUAUGUAUUUUAGCCCGCAAACUUUCUUCAAACAAAAACAGCGCCAUCUAGUAUCGAGUUCUGUAAUUAUCUCUUUGUUUAUGGAUUUGAAGUAAGACCGCCACGCAUGCAAUACAUUAUGACUGGGGAUUCCCCUAUUCGUCGACGCUGAAUAUGAGGCGACGACAAUCACUGUCAAACGUGUUCACUAUUACUCUGACUCUGGUAACGUGACUUCCUGGUAACGUGUUAGGUAGGAAAAGCAGUAAAAAAGUGCAUAUUAAGGGAGCAGAUUUGAAAUAAUAUUUAUACUUAACAAGAAAUAAUUAAAGGUUCAAUGGGGAGACCUAAAGAUUUACGCAUAUGGGAGCACUACCGUACUUUACCAAACAAGUCUGUUUCUUGCAAGCUUUGUAAUAAGGUCUACAAAUUCAGUAAUGCUGCCAAAAUGCUUCAACAUCUUAUCACUUGUCCAAAAUCUCCAGAAACAUUAAAAGACUCUAUGAAACUUAUAAAAGAUAGCUCGUCCAAAACCAAAAUGUCUGGACUGUCAGAGAUAGAGACAAAUGAUUCUUUUAUAAGCCCCUCGUCGUCUGCUAACACUACAAUAAAUGCUGAGUUUCAAGACACCGAUGAUCAUAUAAAAACAGAAUUAGCGAGAGCUAUAUUUGUAACAGGGACGCCAUUAUCGAUGGUGCAACAUCCUUUAUGGAUACAAUUUUUCGAAAAAUUGCAACCAAAAUUUAAAAUACCUUCACGUAAAGCUUUAGCGACAAAAUACUUAGAUAAAAUAUAUAGAGAAAUGCGUUUUGAGUUAAAUGAGGAACUAAAUGCUUGUAGUUACUUACACCUUCAGUGCGAUGGCUGGUCUAAUUUAAGAAAUGAAGGAAUAAUAAACUUUCUUAUAUCAAAACCUCAACCUGCAUACGUUAAAAGUUUGAAUACAGAAAGUAAUCCUCACACUAGUGAAUACCUUAGCCAAGAAGUUGAAAAAGUAAUGAAAGUGUAUGGAGCAAAUAAGUUUCUUGUACUUAUUGGCGAUAACGCUAGAAAUAUACAAAAGGUAUUCGAAUUAACAAAACUCAAAUAUCCACAUGUUGUUCCUCUCGGUUGCUGUGCACAUAUCCUUAACUUGUUGUGCCAAGAUAUUGUAAAGAUACAAGAAGUAACUGUGUUUAUUAUGCAAGCCAUAAAUAUAAUAAAAACUGUUAAAAGGAGUCAACGAUUAAGUUCCUUGUUGAUAAAAUCAAGGCAGGGUGAAGAUUCUACACAAACACUAAAAUUGCCUUGUGCUACAAGAUGGGGAAGUCAUGUUACUUCGUUAAAAAGUUUGAAAGCAAAUAAGAUAGCUUUGCAAAUAUUAACAGUUAGAGAAGAUGUGGUAAUUUCAAGAGAUAUUAAAGAUUUAAUUCUAAGUGAUGAUUUCUGGACGAAGACAGGGGAAUGUAUAAGUAUUUUGGAACCAGUCACUGAAAGCAUAUUUUACUUAGAGAGCGACCAGAAUCGUUUGCAUCGCACAUACAUUACAUUUAGAGAUGUACAAGCUAAGAUACGUUUUGCAUUAAAUGAGAUUUCGACAUUGAGCGAAGAAAGCAAACAGCAGAUUCUAACAUCAGUAUCUUCAAGAUGCAAUAUGGCAAUGAGGCCAAUACAUUUUGCAGCAUAUAUUCUAGACCCCAGGACUCUAGGAGUCGAACUUACUCAAGAGGAAGAACUUAAGGGUAUGGAGUUUAUCUACAAUUUAAGCCAACACUUAAGUUUGUCAAAUGUAAUGGCAGAUUUGGCGUGUUAUAAAGCUAAAGAAAACUUUUGGGCCAGAGGAUUUGUAUGGAGCUCAUUAGAUAGCAUUGAGCCCCUAAUAUGGUGGAAAGGUAUUUGUGGUUCCACUGAGUUAAGCAAAGUAGCGAUUCGUAUUCUAUCAGCUCCCUGUACUUCGGCAGCCACUGAGCGUUCCUUUAGUAUCCAAGGCUACAUACAUAAUAACAAAAGAAAUCGACUUACAACUGAAAGAACUGAAAAAAUUUCAUUCAUUUGUUAUAACUGGAAUCUUAAACAUAAAGCUGAAUGCGAGGACAUUCAGUUUAAUGAAGAAAAUACCUUAGAAGCUUUCAUUGAGCAAGUAAAUGAACAUAACAGUUUAGACGAAAUAGAGCCUAUCGAACCUAUACAAUUCAUCGCUUGUAAUAACUCUGAAUCUGACAGUGAUUGACUGUAGUUUUACAUUUUACUUUCAUCUCUUUCUUAAUAAACUCAAAAUCAAAUUAAAAGUUUUUUAUUCUGUAGGCUGCAUAAUAAUAUUGUCUAUGUCCAGUAUAGUGGACGUCUUGCGGCUGAGAUGACGAUGAUGAAGUACAAAAUCAUAAACACCCAAAAAUUUGGGUGUUUAUGGGGUUUAAACCCAAUAAACCCAAAACACCCGGUUUUUACCCACCAGACUUUAAACCCACCCAGGUGGAUUGCCCAUCUC